AUGUCCGCCGACGUCCCCGAAUCCAUCCCAACCUCCGCCGACCCUCGCUCCCAGCGUCCCACCAAGCGCCGCGCCCUCUCCCCGACCUCUGCGCAAGCCGCCUCCCUCGACGCGCUCUUCGCCAAGCCCGACCGUGACAUCCGCCUCCCCUCGGACGGCCGCCCGACCAACUCCGGCAGCCGCCCUCCCGAAAUCGUCACCAACGUGCAGGGCUCCUCGGCGGGCGCCGGCUCCGGCGAGUUCCACGUGUACAAGGCGGCGCGCCGCCGCGAGUACGAGCGCCUGCGGGCCAUGGACGCAGAGGUCAAGCGCGAGACGGACCAGGAGGUGUUUCUGAGGGUAAAGACGGAGAGAGAGAAGCGGGACGAGGAGAAGACGAGGAAGAAUAGGGAGCGGAGGGAGAAGAUGAAGGCGCGCAAGGCGAAAAAGGGCAAAGCUGGCGGUGGCGGGGGUGAGGGAGGUGAUGGGACGACGACGAAUGGGCAGGGCAUUAAGCCGGCGCGGGUCGUCGCUGAUCGGGGAGAUGACGAUGAAAUUACGAGCGAAAAUGGCAAUGCGACUGCGGCUGCGUCAGAGCCAGGACUCGUCAUUCACGACGACGAUUAA